UGCCUGCCUUCGCACUGUAUUGGCUUUUUCCUUCUCUUUGUUUACCUGCCACUUUAGCCGGCAGUCUCAUUGAGCAACCUGUUGAACUAAAUAACAGGCUACUCUUGACCACAUAUGGAUUGCAAGGCUGUGUCGGUAGCUUUAGUGGAAGACUUUUAACAACUCUUCGGCUUGAAAUGUUCAUCCCACUGCCUAGCUGUGAUCCAGUGUCAGUGAUUCCCACUUAAAGCUGCUCUAUGGAGGAUGGAGGACUUGGCAGUGAUUCCUCGGAAGUACGAGUUGAAUGCAGCUCCACACAGAGAAGGACAGCGCCCGAGUUCAGAGUAUACAAGACAAGAUGGUUCAUAUUACUGGUACUUUGCGUGUUAAACUGCUCCAAUUCAGUGCUAUGGCUGACCUUUGCCCCUGUGGCGGAUCAGACAGCAGAGCAUCUGCAUGUGACUCUGGACCAGGUCAACUGGCUGUCUGUGGUCUACAUGGUGGUGGCCAUCCCUCUGAGCUUCAUCACCACGUGGAUGCUGGAUACUCUGGGACUACGGCCUACCAUGAUUCUGGGCUCGUGGCUCAACAUGGCCGGCAGUGUAGUGAGGGUGGUGGGUGUGCUCAGCUAUCUGCCGGAGUAUACCAUGUUCCCCGUGGUGAUGGUGGGGCAGACUCUGUGCUCUCUGGCCCAGCCUCUGGUAAUCUUCUCCCCUACCAAAUUAGCAGCUCUGUGGUUCCCCGAGCAUCAGCGAGCUACAGCUAACAUGAUCGCCUCAAUGUCAAAUCCCCUUGGGCUGCUUUUUGUUAAUAUCUUCUCCCCAAUGAUCAUUAGUAGAACCAACAGCCUUUUCAUGCUGCUCCUUAUAUAUGCUAUACCUGCCAUCAUCGUCUGUUUCCUAGCAACAGUGGGCAUCCAGGGGAGCGUUCCCCCAACGCCACCUUCUGCCAGUGCAGAGACCUCCAGCUCUGAGCCUUUCCUACAAGGGAUUAAACUGUUGCUGACAAAUAAAGCCUAUAUGAUCCUGCUGGUGUGUUUCGGCUCAGGCAUCGGCAUCUUCACCUGUUUCUCCACACUACUCGAGCAGAUUCUCUGUGUCAAAGGCUACUCGAAUGACUUUGCAGGGUUGUGUGGCGCUCUCUUCAUCGUGUCCGGGGUGCUUGGAGCUGCUAUCCUUGGCCUUUUUGUGGACAAAACAAAGCUGUUCACAGAAUCCAUAAAAAUCAGCAUGUGCCUUACGUCCCUGGCCUGCACCGUAUUUGCAGUGGUUUCUCAGUUGGGGGAGCAGAAAGUCAUAAUUGGUGCAGUUAGUGCUCUCUUCGGCUUAUUUGGAUUUGCCACCUAUCCAGUUGCCAUGGAGCUGUCAGUCGAGUGCUCUUACCCAGUUGGAGAGGCAACGUCAGCAGGGCUUGUGUUUAUUUCAGGGCAGGUCCAGUCCAUUGUGUACACCGAGCUCUUACAAGCUCUGACGACAAAACCGACAGAUUCUCCUCUGUCUGUGUGCGCUGCAGGUGAUGAUGCCAACCUGAGCUGGAUGGUGCCUGUGCUGGUGAUGGCUGGAUUGUGCUGUUUAGCUUCCUGCUCCUUCGUCAUCUUCUUCCACACACAGUACCGGCGACUCAAUGCAGAGGCUGACGCGGCUGAAAGCCACUCCACACAAACAGAGACACAAGGAGUGAUAAACAACAGCACGGAUACAUAAUGGGACACCACCUCUAAGCAAAGAAUCCAGCAGCAGAAACCACUGAUGAGUUCCUGUGUACUGUAACUAUAACUUUUACCUCAGCAUGGCAUUUUAAAAAUGCUUAAAGUUUAGAUGUUUCUAAGCUCAGGUGUUUUUACUGUAGGAUUUUGUUACUUUCUAAAUUGUUUUAAACAUGAUGCACAUUUUUAAACAUAGCCAUUCAGUUACCGUUACAAACUAAAGCCUCAAAUGUUUCGACAAGUAUUAACGUUACACAUUUUUAAAAAUCAUACUCCAUUUUCUAAGCAGUACAAAAUAUAAAGAGGUCAAAAUCUCAACAGCAGUGAUUUUGUUUAUAUGAAGUGGUGUAAACUAUUGGACAUGCAGCACAGACCUCAGCAAUAGUUUUUAAAUGCUUAUUUAUAUAAUAUUAUGAAUAGUAUGAAUGAAAUUUGGGACUGUAUACAAACACUAUAUAGCCAAAAGUUUGCGGACACGUGACCAUCACCACAUAUGUGGUUCUUCAAACUGGUGCCACAAAUUUGGAAGCACACAAUUGUAUAGAAUGUCUUUGUAAGCUAUAAUAUUACAAUUUCCCUUCACUGGAACUAAGGGGCACAAACCUGUUCCAGCAUGACAGUGCCCCUGUGCACAUUGUCAUUAUCACAUGAAGACAUGUUUUGCCAAGGUUGGAGUGGCAGAACUCGAGUGUCCUGCACAGAGCCCUGACCUCAACCCCACUGAACACCUUUGGAAUGAACUGGUUUGGUGACUGUGCCCCAGGCCUCCUCUCCCAAAAUCAGUGCCUGACCUCACUAAUGCUCCUGUGGCUCAAUGGGCAAAUCCCCACAGCCACGCUCCAAAAUCUAGUGGAAAGCCUUCCCAGAGGAAUGGAGGAUAACAGGAGUGGAGGAUAGCAAAUUGGGACUAAAAUCUGAAAGUCUGAAGUCUGGGAUGGGAUGUUCAACAAGCACAUGCUGUAUGAAUGUUACGGUCAGGUGUCCGCAAACUUUUGGCCAUACAGUGUAUGUACGAGACCAGGAAUCUUACAAGAAUGAAUGUGAAAUAAUAACCACUAACUGGGUCUAUUGAGUGGAUCAUGGCUAAAUAAUUGUGUUAAUAAUAAUAAUAAUAAAUAAUUAAUUGACAAUGUGCAAUGUAUUAGAACAUGCUAAAAAAUAUGGUAAGGUCAUUUAAAUAUUUUGUUUUUCUUUAAAAAGGGAAAGAGGUGAGGCAUGCCUUUUUUGCAGUUUUAUGCCAUUGUGAGUUCCAAAUUUAACUCUAGACACAUUUAAUAAGCAUGGUGCUUAGACCUUUCAAAGAACACUGAUGAACAAAGGACUCCUAUGAAAGAACACUGAUGUGGAGAUUUUGUGCACAUUGUAAAAAAUUGUCUAAAAAAAUCCUAAAAUAUCUAAAAUGUUCUGUGACUCCUGAUGCAUUUGAUCACACCACAUGAUGAAUGUUGUGGAUGAUAUUAAGUUUACACCCUCUACUGGACUAAUGCAUUGUUCUAAUUACAGGUUGGUAGAGUAUAAUCACACCAAACCUCCAAAUAAAAUCAUUUUGGUGACGCA